GCUGAGGCGAAUUGCGUGUUGUAGACUGCAAGCCUUUUAUUAUAGUUCGUAGAAGUUGAAGUUCCAAAGUUGUAGAUUUUCCCGAGCUCCAAACGUCGCCGCUUUUAGACCGAACCUCAAACGACUCGGAGGCUCAACUUCAACACCAACUUCAAGCCAUCCAACAACAAGUCUAUUUACGAAACCACUUCGCUUCCCCUUCUGCAUCACCCGCGCUCUCUUCUAGACACUGUAAUCCCUACCGAUUAUUUCUCACUUUGCCACUGGGCACAUCUGGAAUUCUUUCUCAGGAGGGUUGUGUGGUCGUUGCUCCGUACGUAUUGCUGGGACGAAUCAUUUAUUUACCACAUGGUACAAUAUAUCUGCUCAAGCCGCUUCGUCUAGGAGGCCCAGCCCCGGCCUGAUACUGCAUAAUCAUGGCUCGACCUCGAGCCGACACAGGAAACUUUCCAAAAGAACCACAUUCGGUCUCCCUCAAAGUGUUAAGGCUGUCCCGACCAUCCCUGGCGCUCCAACACCCACUCCCGCACGAAAGCGAGACCGAGACCAAAAUCCCCCAUAUCUCCUCCCUAGCAUACCCGUCCAAACUAGUCGACCAGGAGUUCAUAAUAUCCAACAACCUAGCCCUGCCGCCAUCCUUCGGUUCCGCGCACGUAGGCGAGACAUUUUCAUGCGUGCUGUGCGCCAACAACGAACUUUUGCCGCCGGGGCCGACUGGGACCGGGACCACAACCACAACGACACCAACCAAAACCGUUUCCGGAACAAAGAUCUUGGCUGAAAUGCAGACACCCUCCCAGUCAAUCCCGUUGGACCUCCACAUAGCAAGCCCGACGGAACGAGUUGAUGGCCAUGAUGACGGCCGCCCAGGCUCGGCUCUGCAGACAAUCGCCCGCUUCGAUCUCAAGGAAGAAGGCAACCACGUCCUCGCCGUUAACGUCACGUACACAGAGACCAUUUCCGGCGACGGCGGACAGACACAUGCCCCUACCAGUGGGAGGGUGCGCUCGUUCCGAAAAUUGUACCAGUUCCUCGCCCAGCCGUGUCUGAGUGUGCGCACCAAAGCUACCGAACUGCCGCCGAAAGAGGUCCCAGACAAAACCCACGGCCCGUACGGCAGGACGACGUUACUGCGGUAUGCACUGGAAGCGCAAUUGGAAAACGUGUCCGACAUUACAAUUGUGCUUGAAGAGGCAAAGUUGCAGUCCAAACCGCCCUUUAAGUCAACUUCGCUGAACUACUGGGAUGCCCAUGCCGCCCCUGAAAAGGAUGAGAAAAACCAGGGCCAUCCCCAAAAGCCAAUUAUUAACCCGCGCGAUAUCAUACAGAUUGCUUUUUUGGUAGAGCAAAUGGAAGGAGUCCAGGAAGGAAUAGAAGACCUCAAAACUAGUCUCAAACGCGACGGGAGGGCGGUACUGGGUCAGCUUGCUAUCCAAUGGCGUAGCUCUAUGGGCGAACGCGGCUCGCUGAGUACCGGCAAUCUCCUGUCUCGUCGGAGAGUCAGUUGAAACAGACCAAAUCUCCAUCUCCAAGGCAGCCCAUGAAGUACGGAGGGCAGUGGGCAUAACAAUACAAGUUCGCUCGAGGACAAUCAUGGUGCGUUCAUGCUCAGCCCAUUCAUCCUGCCAUUGAGGAGAUUGGGUCUUGACUUUUUGCGGAUGGUCGGCAAGUCCGGGACAUUUUCUUCUUGCUUCUGUUUGAACAGACCUUCUUCCAGUUUCGACGGGAUCCGGGUAAUGAUGGUGUGGUAGUCCCGCCCCUUAGCUGCAGCACCCAAGUCUGUUCUUUCUGAACUGCCGGGCACAGAGACGAUCCGCCAUUGAUGCUGGGAUGUAUCUGACAAAACAUCCGCCUGAGUAGGAAGGCCUGCUGCAGACACCGACCGCUGCACAAAGCUUCGGCGGUUUCGGCCAAUGGUGGGCAAACUGGACCGCAGCAGGCCAGCACGACCGCGUUUCGCUGUGAUGAUGGCAUCAAACAAGGCUAUCUCUGGACUCGACGCCGUCUCCUCACGCUCAAGAAUGAACUCGUUCCAGGCUUGGGUUUGUUCCAGCAUCUGCAUGUAAGCAGAAUGGUCCGGCGGAAGGCUCCUGACGAACCCUUCAUGAUCGAACGAAUACACCGCUCCAACCUUCUGCUUGGACGGCGGGGCUGGACUCAUGAACUUCCGAUACGUGUAAAACAGGCUAGCCAAGCAUCGCACAAACGCCGCCCGGAUCUGGUCAGGGUAGAAAGCGGCCGAGCAAACCACCGUAAUCUGAGGUGCACAGCGGUCGUGGAUCACGAAGCCACAACCCGAACAUCUGUAGUACCCAUUCUGUGCCCUUUCAUCGCAAAGCACACAAGUUGAUGGACCGUCGGCAGGCUUCCAUUGAAGACAGUGUCCUUCGACAUAGUAUGUCCCUGGAGAGUUCACUGCUGGCUGAACAAGCAUGCCGGGCAUGAUUGUCGAUGCUGCCAAUGUUGACUGAGCAUACACUGAAGGCGCAUAAGCGGACGACCCGUUCCUUACAUCUAAGAACGAGUUUGCUGAAGGACUGGCAUUGUGUCGCACGAACGGAAGGCUGGAUUUGCGCAUCAUGUGGGCCGACCCAGAGAAGCUGCGCUUGGAGAGUGAAUCGAAAUGGCCGGAUCUCUUCUCACGGAGCGACGUCUGCAGGGCAUAUCCAGAGUCGCGGUCGUUGCGCAACGCCGGCGGAAGGGGAAAGCUUCCACCCACAGGGGAUCCGUCCGAACCUGUCUGACUGGAUUGACGGGCGGUUGACGAGGUUCUGGGACGAUCAAUGCUUUUUCCUCUGGUCGGUCCUGAAGCAAGAAAAACGUUCAGCAGCGGCGCCCGUCGAAUUGUGUCGGACGCGGCAUGCGGACCGAAGGAGGAUGAACUAAGGCUGGCUAGUUUGUCCAGAUUUGUCGAUCUGGCAAUCGCGGUAAAGACAGUGUCGAGUUCGCCGGAGAAAGCAUCGAACGGAAAUGUCUCGACGGCAUAAGCAGGUGGACCGGGCGUGACUCCAAAGCUAUGGUGCAGAGGCGCCGCCUGAUGUAACAGAGACAUGAGUUUUCUCCGUUGCUGUUUGGGCAAGAAAGGGGGUGGUGAAGUGCUAUGCAACUCGUUUUUAUCCAGGUCAACCAGCACAUAGUCAUCUUCAGGAAGGUCAUACUUUUCGUAGUUGCGAUUGAUGCCGCAGAUGUAAGGACACGGUGCAUCAAGCGCCUGAACCAGCCGUGAUGGGAGCACAGGGAUAUAGACUCCGGUCCAUUCCAAGGGCCAAAUCAGUUCCAAGAUGGCUUUGCUGACCAGCUGCAACAUUGAAGUAUGGGAAGAUAAUAAGAUGAUCCUGGAUUCGGCCAAGACAUAUUCAAAAAGAAGGAUGAUGUUGGGGAUGGUGAGAGUUCUGAACAAGGGAUACAGAUCAGUGGUUCUGCUUCCUGGCAGUUCGUUUGCUGCCUGCUUUUUGGCGUAGAGGUGAAGUUCGCGGAUCGAAGUCUGGAUUUGGACUUUGGACGACGUCGGCAAAGGAGCGUCGAGGCACAAGGCAGCAACAUAUUGCUCCAAGGGUUGCCACAUGCCAACCUUGGGAGAACUGGCUGGGACUCUCAAAAUACCGCCGUCCGUCAUGGGGACUACGACUGCUCGUAACCACUGUCGGUAGAAACUGGCCAUUGUGCUGUCUUUUCCCAGGAUUCCGUAGGCUCUCGGUAUCCAGAAUCGUGUCUCACUACUGGACAAGCCCUGGAUUUCUGAAACUGAACCGUGCCGUAACGGUCGCAGCAUGUCCGACAUAACCGCAAUCUUUUCCUCGACAGCGCUGAUUUCAUCUUCCAGUUCUUCUCUUGCUGCUGAAUCAGGAGACACUUGUGGAAGCUGUGCGAGCAGUUGAGAUAGCUUUGUACUCUCCACUGUAAGUCUUUCAGCCAGCGAGGCCGCCAUUUCCCGUUCCGCCUCGGACAUAUGUGCCUUUCGCCACUCAUCACACUUCUUUUCCAAAUCCAAAGCAAUGUGAUUGCU